AUGGAAUUAUUUUACGCUCUGACAUUAAUAGCAGGAAUUCUACUUGCUUUUUUAUUACCGGUUUUAAUUGAAGCUUCUUAUCAUUCCUUCAAGGCAAAAAUUCCUCCUGAAGUUGACCAGCCAUCAAAGCUCAGCUUCUAUAAUUGGCUUUUUACUAUGAUUGAAAUUCUGGCAAAUAGAUCAGCAAGUUUGGGUAUCUGUAAGAAGCACGUACUUAUAAGGAUGUUUUCUAACGGACUGAGGGCAUGGAGGGCUUCAGAGCUCCUCAUAAAGGAUCUGCACUUUGGUGAGGUGCCAGUGAGGAUCUACCUCCCAAGAUCACCAUCUGCCAGCAAACGGAGGGGAGUUGUCUUGUUCCAUGGAGGAUGUGGGAUGUACGGAAGCAUAAAAAGCCAUGAAAGAAUAUGCCAGCACAUAGCCAAAAAGUCUGAUUCCGUGGUGGUGUCAGUUGGGUACCGUUUGGCUCCUGAGCACAGGUACCCGACCCAGAGCUUGGACUGUGUCACUGCCACCAUCCACUUCUUGAAGACUGCCAAGAACUACGGCGUGGAUCCCGAUCGGAUCAUUGUAUGUGGGGACAGCGCAGGGGGCACCUUUGCAACAACUACUUGCCAAGAACUUGUGAACAGAACAGACAUCCCAAAGAUACGUGCCCAGAUCUUGAUCUAUCCAUUCCUCCAAAGCCUGAACUUCAACCUGCCGUCUCACCAGAAGAAUGCUUCCACUGCCUUGCUGCCCCUGGAACGGAUGCUCUGUUUCAUUCUGAUGUACCUGAGGAAGGAUUUCUCUUUGAUGGAAGCUGUCUUGGCAGGUUCUCACGUUCCUGAGAGCAUGAAUUUGAGAUACAGGAAAUGGAUACAUCCAGAUCUUAUCCCAGAGAAAUUUAAACAGGACUACAAGCCACCAUUACCCGCCUCAUACAUCCCCCAGGUCCAUGAGGAAACAAAAGAAAUGUUUGAGACAAGGUUUUCACCACUCUUAGCAGAAGAUGCUGUUGUUGGCUGCCUACCCGACACCUGCAUUAUCACCUGUGAGCACGACGUGCUCAGGGAUGAUGGGCUGCUGUACAAGAAGAGGCUGGAAGACAACAAUAUCAAGGUGACCUGGUGCCACAUUGAAGAUGGCUUCCAUGGUGUGCUGUGCUUUUUGGGUUAUGGCAUUUUCUCUUUUCCCUCAGCGAGUAAAAUAAUGGAUCACAUUGUAAACUUUAUAAAAGGCUGUUAAAAUGUCUCCUUCAAUACAGUGAACUACU